UCUGUUUUCCUUUACAUAUACUGCCAUUCAACUUUUCCUUCCACGGAGUAUAUAUGCCAAUCGCAGGAACCUCCAGCUUGUGUAUUUAUGUUUAGGAGAAGACAAUGAGGCGCCAAAAGGACUAAAGGAGGAUCCUAAGAAAUUAAUGCAAUGAUAAAUGGAGUGUCCAAAACGUACGUAUCUCAAUGAAUUGCACUACGUUAAGAACUGACGCCCACCUCUUCAAAUCACCACCACCAGACUGCAAUCCAUCAAAGAAUCAACGCCGCCGCGCUCUGUCCAGAAGCCACCCACCGGAGCAUGAUGAAUCCAUCGAAGAGCCUCCUCCUCGCGGCGGUGGCACUCGCCGCCACGCUCCUCGCCGCCGACGCGACAGUGGAAACGACGUGCAGGGCGGCGGCCGGCGUCGACGCGCGCGUCGACUACGGCUUCUGCGUGUCGGAGCUGAGCAGGCACCGCGACAGCCCCGGCGCGGACGCCUGGGGCCUGGCGAAGGUGGCGGCGAACCUCGGCGUCAACAACGCCGGCGGCGCGGUCCGCGACGCGGAGGCCCUGCUGGCGGGCCCGCCGGGCAAGGGCGCGGGCGACGACGCGAAGAGGAGGGCGGCGCUGGGGCAGUGCCGCAGGCUCUACUUCGACAUGGAGCUCGCGUUCGCCGGGGCGUACGACGACAUCAACGCGCGGGACUACGCGGCGGGGAAGGAGAUGGCAGCGGCGGCCGCCGCGCUGGCGCGCCGGUGCGACGACGUCUUCGCGGAGGCCGGGAUCCCGUCGUCGCCGCUCGCGCGGCGCGGCGAGUACGCCGGCCAGAUCGGUGUCGUGUGCACGGCCAUCACCGACCUCAUCAAGUGAUGCGUUCAGAACCGUGAACGAGUUUGUUUCUUUGAUCUUGUACUAGGCUUGUACCCAAUCAUUGGGGCGUAAUUUUCUUCGAAUAAGAAUGGAAGUUAGGCUUGUUUCCAUCAUUUCUGGUAAUAUAAAGU